UUGCUGACCCAUUCCCAUCUAAAGCCAGGCUCGCAGGCUGAGUUACUGUCCUACACAAAGACCCUCAGCAUGUACCGAGACAAUGCAAAGCGUACCAAUAAUCCAGAUGUCCAGUGUGAUUUUGCAACCUUUCUUGUCGAGGCUGCGCAGCGACUACAGAAAGAGGAUCUCGAGGCUGCCCCAGACUCUCGGCACGCAUAUCUGCAAGAGGCCGAAAAGACUCUGAGGCCAAUUGCCAUGCGCGGUCAUUCUGAAGCGCAGUAUUAUCUAGGUAACAUGUACGCAUCGGGCAUGCUUGACAAAAACAACAAGUCAGACUUUUCAAAGGCGUUUCCUUUAUUUGUACAAGCUGCUAAGCAUCACCACGCAGAUGCCGCGUAUCGAUCGGCAAAGUGUUAUGAAGAUGGACUUGGUUGUCGAAAAGACAAGGCAAAGGCUGUACAAUUUUACAGGAGAGCGGCUUCACUCAACCAUCCUGGUGCAAUGUACAGACUUGGACUUGCCGAUUUACAUGGGAACCUGGGAAUGACCCGCAAUGUCCGAGAUGCACACAAGUGGCUCAAAAGAUCUGCAGAGGGUGCAACUGUAGAAUACCCGCACGCGCUGCACGAAUUAGGGCUCUUGCACGAGCGCGGUAUCCCGUCCUUCAUCUUUGCGGACCAUUCGUAUUCCGUCCAGCUCUACAAACAAGCUGCCAAUCUACACUACCCCCCAAGCGCAUUUCGACUCGGCGAAUGUUACGAAUUUGGGCUGUUGGGCUGCCAGCCAAACGCUCGCUUUUCGGUAUCAUACUACAGCGACGCCGCCGAACAAGGACACGCCGAGGCCUGCCUGGCAAUGUCUGCCUGGUACAUGGUCGGCGUACCUGAGAUUAUCGACAUUUCAGAAGAAUCGGCUUAUGAUUGGGCGCUCCAGGCAGCUGAAAAACAACUCCCAAAGGCUGAAUAUGCAGUUGGUUACUUUUGCCUGGCUGGAAUCGGAAGACCUCCAGAUAGAGACGAAGCCAAGAUGUGGUACACACGAGCAGCAAACCACGGUAACGAGCAAGCCUUGAAAAGCCUUCAA